AAGAGUCUGGUCAGAGGGCGCCGCUUAAAUGGUAUAAAAUCAACAAAAAGAACUUAGAAAUGGUGAGUGGCGGUCAUUUCCAUUCAGCCGUCAACGACGACUGAGAAACUUUGAUGGCCACCAGAUCCUCUUCCUCCUCCUCAUCCUCUAAUAAGAAGAGACACACCAACCGAUCAAUGCCUCACUCUCCUUCUUCUUCUCGCCGAUUCUUCAUUUCUCGGAGUAGGAUCUCGAUGAUGGUUCCUCUCGCUCUCUUCUUCACCGUCGCCGUUUUUCUAUUCUUUAUGCCGUUCAACGGCUCGGGGAGAUCAUCUGAUUCGUUUGAUCUUUCGCAUUCGAUCCAUGAUAUUGAAGUAGUGGCUGAGUUUCCUCAUGAUCCAAACGCCUUUACUCAGGGGCUUUUGUAUGCAGGAGAUGAUACAUUGUUUGAAUCCACUGGUCUUUACGGAAAGUCUUCAGUCAGGAAAGUAUCUCUUCGGACAGGAAAGGUUGAAGUGAUCGAAAAAAUGGGAGAUAGGUACUUUGGAGAGGGUUUGACACUCCUUGGAGAAAGCCUAUUUCAAGUUGCAUGGUUGACGACCACUGGUUUCACAUAUGAUCUUCGCAACUUAACCAAAGUAAAACCAUUUAAACACCAUAUGAAAGAUGGAUGGGGUUUGGCUACCGAUGGACAAGUAUUGUUUGGAAGUGAUGGUACUUCUACACUUUACCGGAUGGAUCCUCGAACAAUGAAAGUUACUGAUAAGCAUGUAAUCAAAUAUAAUGGCCGUGAGGUACGGUACCUUAAUGAACUCGAGUACAUAAACAAUGAAGUUUGGGCGAACGUGUGGCAGUCUGACUGUAUUGCUAGAAUUUCACCCAAGGACGGAUCGCUACUUGGAUGGAUACUUCUUCCCAAAUUAAGACAAGGAUUGCUGCAAUCUGGACAUGGGGGUAUUGAUGUCUUAAAUGGUAUAGCAUGGGACAGCGACGAGAAGCGUCUCUUUGUAACGGGGAAACUGUGGCCGAAGCUGUACCAAAUCAAGCUAAAACCGGCAGCAGCAAAGAGCGAAAGAGAAAUCGCGCGACAAUGCUUGGUAUAAACACACACACAAAUGGGUGAUGGUUAGAAUGUAAACUGUUGUAGCGAAAGGUUAAAAGGCUAUACAUACUCAAUCUCAACAUUUGCAGAGGAGGUGCAUUUCAUUAAGGGGGUCCAUGACCCAAGUUGCAUUUACUAGUUUUGUAUCCUUUCUCAAUUCCAUUUUGGGGUCGGAAAAUAAAAGUAUUAAAAAGUAACAAUACUAUGAGAGAGUGAUAACCAAAGAACAAAGAUACUACGAGGAACUCUGUGAACCAAUAAAUUUUUGACAAGUAGAAAAGACCCAUAGACGCUUAAGGACGGACAUAAACACUCUCACAGUACCAGCCUCAUAAAUGGAUGUAACUUGUUUGUUGUUGUGUUCCUUGGUUGGUUGUGGUCCUUGGUUGGUUGAGUUGGAACUUUUUGUGUGUUUGGUCUUUCCUUGCCAUCGCUCUUUCUGUAUUCUUACGUCUCCUGCCACGUCGUCCCUCAUUUGUAUCCUUGUAUGUCUUCUCCAACAUCUUAUAAUGAUAAUCAUUAUUAGACCUUCA